ACUUCCUACAACAAUCAUGCCUUGCAGAAUUGCGCUGCAUUUGUUAUGGAUUUUGGGGUUCUGGAGGCAGCAGUGACUCUGGGCUUGAUGAAGAUCGUCUGCAGUCUUUUGUGUUUUCCUGCUCUCAGAGGCCCCUUCAAUCCCGUGGGCUUUUGUUGUAGCUGUCUGCUGAUCUUCACCGAUCUCCUCGUCACAGCCUUCCUCACUUUUCUGUGGUUGGCUAAGCCCUGGCAACCUCAUUCCUGGGCGUCCAGUGAUGUCAUCGUCCCCCGUCUCCUGCUGUUCCUGGACCACACCUAUGGGGCAGCGAUGCUGCUGACCGCACCUCUCAUUGCUGUGGAUACAGCCUGCAGGCUGUGGUGGCCAUUGGAGAGUGAGAAGUGGGGUGAGGGGGGUGUCCAUGCGGGUGACCCCGUUCCUCUGAACUCUGAGUGCCCGCAGGAUCGCAGCACGGGGGCGAGCUGCGAUUCAGAGACGGGGGCGGAGGGGGCGGGGCACGGACAGAGCGGCUCGCUCAUGCACCUGCCUGGCUUCCUGUGCAGCCUGCUGGUCUGGAGCUUCUGCGGCUGCAGUGGGGAGCGGGACUGGAGCGCAGAGGGACGGCUGGUGGGAGCCUGCCUGCAGGCCGGCGGCUCGCUCUCCUCCUGCCUCCCCGACCUGCUCACCGUAGCGCUGCAGACGCUGGGCAGUCCGUCUCGACCCCUGGCCACCUUCGCCCUCUCCCUGGUCCUGGCUUUGACCAUGGGGGUGCUCAGAGGAGGGUGGGGCCAGGGAGGCCCCCGCGCUCAGACGGACAAGCGCAAAGAGGACACGGACACCCCCGAUGCAGGACCAGUGGGGCUGGCGGUCCCUGCGUCCGUCCGCCAUGGCGUAAAGACUCACGCUGCACACACUGCCUACACCUCCUCUGGUGUGGCUGUCCACAGCAGGGCAGAGGACGGGCACACGCUGCCAACAUCGCCAACAAUGCUCACCAGCGCAGGCCACUGUUUACCGCCGCACAGCGACGGCAGGCAGGGACCAUGCGGCAAGAGCGAGGCCGCAGCCCUGUCCUGCCGGGGCGCCCCACACGGUUACGUACUCCUCGCGAUCCCCGAGAUGGGCACACGGCUCUCGAGCGCGCCACGCUGCUCAGCUUGCUCCGCUGCCAGUCCGCACGGUCAGCCGCACCCCUGCGGCGGGGGCCGGCGAGGGGGGCGGGACCAAGGAAGCGUGCUGUUCGGGCUGGUCUGUACCGCACUGCUCUGCCUGUUUCCCCCGACGAUGGCCAUUAACGGCAUGCUGAUCAGGAGCGUGGAGAGGCUCGCAGAGUGGAGCCUGAGACGCGUCCUGCCCGCGUCGCGCUGAGAACAAAGCGCUGAAGACUGAGGGGAAGACAAAAGAGACAGAAUAAAGGAUGACAGCACACGAGCACGGAUGCGGAGACGGGGUGGUUGUUAAUUCAGUUUUGACAGGGUGUGGGUGGAUGACAGCGUUACAGUCCAGAAGCAGGGAAGGCUGAUGUUAAAUGUGGGUAAACACACAAGUGUCUUAUUUACACAUGGCAAUAAAAAGACAUGCUCAAAAGCUGCCUCGGGCCAUCA